UCAGGCUGACACUGAGAAGGAGGAAGAGAAGAUAAUCCACCAGAAGGUAAUUAUCAACUUUGAGAUCUGCAUCAUCUCCACGAUGAAGACGCUGACUGUGUUUGCACUUCUUUGUGCUAUGAUGGCAUUGACCACAGCUGCUGCUCUGUCCGAGGUGAAGGAUGAACACGGGACAGUGGAAGUCAUUCAAGAAGGAGAGCAUCACGUCAUUGAGAGAUCAGCAUCUUGCCCCGGUGGUUGGAAUCUGAUUAAUGGCCGCUGUUUCCUCUUUGUUCCACGAACCAUGACUUGGGCUCGAGCUGAGUUAAACUGCCAGUCCAUGGGUGCAAACCUUGUGUCUGUACAUCUAGCUGAGGAGUAUCAUGGGAUUACAAAGAUGAUAGAAGAUAAAACUCAUGGGCAUCCACAGACAUGGCUUGGAGGCUCUGAUGCUGAAGAGGAGGGUGUUUGGCUCUGGAAUGAUGGUACACGUUUCAGCUUUUCAUACUGGUGCAGGGGGGAGCCGAACAAUGAUGGGUGGCAGCACUGUAUACAGAUGAGUUAUGGAGAUAACAAAUGCUGGGAUGAUACAAAGUGUCACUAUCACCUAUCUUCUGUCUGCGCCAAGAAAAUCUAAUGAUUCCUGGUCUGACACACGAGGCAUGAAGUCCCUGUAAGCAACACAAACUGGAGGAUUGUUUAAGUAUGUUUGCAGACUCAUCUGUCUUUAUGCCAUCAGUUUCAUGUAACCUGAAGGCUCUGUAUCACAUUUCUUAUUUGUCUUUGCUAUCGCUGUAACGCUACUGAAGGAAUGAAGCGACAAGUGACAUAAACAGGAGCUGGACUGUCUCUGAGGCCUUGUGCCUUUAAUGAGAGCAGACUGAAUGUGUUAUGAAAAGAAUGCUUUUAGCACAAAUCUACAUAUAUUCUGCAAAGUAAACUCUUCUUUCUUGUCUUAUGCAAAAUUAAAGGCUCAAGCAUCAAAACAAA